UUGAUAGUGACUGUGUUUUUGAGGGCAUGGGGUGAAUGGGGGUAAUGCAACCAGUAUGAACUGGUUUGUGAGACAAAAGCAGGGGGCUAGGGGAGGUGCAUGAGUGAGACCUAAAACAAGAGAGAGAGACAGAACUUUCCUCCGAGUCUUUCUACAACUGCCAGGCAAACAAGAUGAAGGCUGCGCUGCUGCUGCUGCUGUUAGUUACUCUCAUCACUGUCAAAACUGUAGCUGGAGGGAAAAACAAGAAAGAGAAAAACAAACCUUCCCAGUCCGGGUUAGAAUGCAGUGACUGGCGCUAUGGCAACUGUGUCCCUAGCAACGGGGACUGUGGAGCAGGGUAUAGAGAGGGGUCAUGUGACCAGCAGAACCAGAAGCUGAAAUGCAGAGUACCUUGCAACUGGAAAAAAGAGUUUGGAGCUGACUGUAAGUAUCGGUUUGGUAGUUGGGGAGAGUGUGAUCCAACCUCUGGCUUGCGGACCAGAACAGGGACAUUGAAGAAGGCUCUGUUUAAUGCGGAGUGUAAACCAACUAUUUCUGCCUCCAAACCUUGCACUGGAGAAACCAAGACAAAAUCCAAAGGAAAGAAGAGAAAAGGCAAGGGCAACUAGAAACAUGCAGUCGAGAAGAGUCUCCAAGGACAGACAAGAGUCUUCAGAGUCAAAGAAGAAACAGAAAUGAAACAAUAAUUGUCUGAACCAGCUGUCCUCCAACACGUAUAACCCAAUUUCCAUACACACAAUUUUGAAUACAGGCUUCCUCAACCAUGACAAAAACAUCACUUUUAUUUUUAAAAAGAAAAGUCUACAUCUGGACUUACAUUAAAUUUGUAAAUAUGCAUUAAACUCUAGAUUAGGACUAAUAAAGCGAGCAUGACCUAUGGCAUUAUAACCAGUCAACCCAGCUCCUUCCAAAUCAAAGUACAUUUGGAAUAUUCAUAUUAUAGGCAUACAUUUUUUAGACCAGCAUGUUAUAAAUUCCUUUAACUUUGAAAUAUUGGAAAAAUGUUCUGUUAGGGAAUUCUCUAUAUCUGACUGAUCACUACCAAACCUUUAAUAUAUUAAAUACAUCUGGGCAUCCACUCCACCAAAGCUACACUGAGAAUGGGAGCUAUUUUACCUCUAGUUGUCUCAGCUCAUCUAUGCUUUGGAAUUGAAUCAUUUAGUUAAAUAAAUUGGACGUGUCAGUAGUAUCCACAAACAAACUGUAUACUCUGUGUUUCAGCUUAUUCUGUCACAAUAAACAGCCAAGAAUCUUAUCCCUUUUAAUAAUUCUAACUACCGUAUCUACUUCUAGAUGAAAGUGCAUUUUGAAUAUCAGCUUUAUAAAUCUGCCUUAGGAUCACACAAGCCCCUGUUACAUUACAUAGAUUUCUUUCUCUUUGAAUAUUAUA